UUGAGAUCCGGCAUCGACAGUCAGCUGAAGUAAGACUACGCAUCGGCAGGCAAGCCUCAGCAAGAUGUCGCCUAGGUUCCUCUGUACUCUCAUCAUUGUACUGGGGUUCGUGUCCUGCGGGCUUCCCGCUAAGAGACGAGAAGAUAAGACCAAGUGUCCUCAUGUGAAGGCCAUAAGAAACUUCGAUCUUCACGAGUUGCUGGGGUCGUGGUUCGUGGUACAGUACUUCGCGAGUUCGGAAGAGGCGUUGUCCUACGGCUGCAUGCGGCCCGUGUUCUCGAUGUCAUCAGACCGACUGGAGGUCUCCAUGAACUUCACAUACACCUUCACUGACGACCCGGCAGCCGAGCUCCUUUACGGCAACAUAACCUGGGAGAUCCCCAAUCCCAGCAGACCGUCUCAUUGGGUCCAUGCUGAAGACACAUACGAAGGCGUGUACAACACGUACGUACUGGACUCCGACUACAAGUCUUGGGCUCUACUCCUGCACUGCGCUGAGAAAUCCAAAAGCCCCAGGUACUUGUCCAGCUUUAUCAUGAGCCGACAACCGAUUCUGGCACCAAAUGUGGUCACGUACCUCAGAGAGAAAUUGCCCCGCUAUGACAUAGACCUCGCAUAUAUGUUCCCCAUGACCCAGACCAAUUGCUCGAACACCAACCGAGAAUCAGGCCUCGACCGUGAUACUGUCAGGUACGUCAUUAAACAGUCGGAAUCGAAUAGAAGGCAUCCUAUGAAGCGUUUGCACAAGCCUUGAGUCGGGACAGCCUGACAAGUAUAGUGAAAUCACCUGCAGCGGAAUUUUGUCUGGAUGAAAAAUUGCAACUUGAUUGUAAAAUUAUUUAAAGCAUGGAAUGUUUGCAUUCAUACUUAGCAAUGGCUGGUAUGUAAUGACGUAUUGUGAUGGUAACAUGUCAUCUUAUUCUUCAACAGGUGUUUGUGGUUUGUAAGAUGAAAAUUUUUAAUCACUUCAACUAUCCUUUGUUGCUUUACUACUCAUUCCUGUUUCAUACGGCUUAUGUUUGUAUAGCCCUAUGUGCCUGUAUAUUUGUACGUGUGUGUGUGUGUGUCUAUAUUCCUUAAAUUACGUUCAAAACUAACUGUUUUUAUAUUAAAAU